CCAACAGACGAAAACGGCCGAGAGAGAGAGAGUGAGAAAGAUCAAAGCUUUGAAAACGGGGAGCAAGAGCCCCAGAGAAGCAGUGAGAGAUAGGGAAAACCCUCGAGCCCCGAUCCCCCUAAACCCCUCUCCGCGUCCCCUGCUCAACCUCGAUCGGACAUCAGGCUAGCUCGGCGAAGCUUCUGCAACAAUCUAGAGCCGUUUGGAAUCUCCCUUUUCCGGUGAACGUUGCGAUCCCCAUGGAGCUGUACGGCCGUGGUAGCGGCAGCGGGAUCCCCCGCCCUGACCCAGACACCGGGCUCGAAGAGUCGAUGUGGCAGCUGGGGCUUGGCGGCCCCGGAGAUGCGGCGGUUGUGGUGGCGUACCCGGAGCGGCCUGGGGAACCUGAUUGUGCGUACUUCAUGCGCACUGGGACGUGUGGGUAUGGUGAUCGGUGCCGUUACAAUCAUCCUCGCGAACGUGUCCUGGGAGCUGGGGGGCUGAGAGGUGGACUGAUGGAUUAUCCAGAGCGAGUUGGUGAACCUGUCUGUCAGUAUUUUUUGAGGACUGGGACUUGCAAAUUUGGUCCGACUUGCAAGUAUCACCACCCAAGACAAGGAAGUGGAUCUGCACGACCUGUCUCUUUAAAUUAUUUUGGAUACCCACUCCGGCCGGGUGAGAAGGAAUGUUCCUACUAUGUGAGAACAGGGCAGUGUAAAUUUGGUGCGACAUGUAAAUUCCAUCAUCCUCAGCCAGCAGGACUCUCAGUGCCUUCACCUGCAUCUAGCUAUUAUCCCUCUGCACAGUCUCCAUCGAUUCCUUCAGCCCAGCCAUAUGCUACCAUGGCAAAUUGGCAAGUUGCAAGGCCGCCUUCAGUCUUACCUGCACCAUACAUGCAAGGGCCUUAUGGCCCUAUGCUACUUUCUCCUGGUGUGGUCUCUGUUCCUGGUUGGAGCCCUUAUCCGGCACCUUCAAGCUCUGUAGUGUCACCUGGUGGACAGCAGCCUGUUCAAACAGGAUCAGUCUACGGAAUAUCUGGUCAGCUAUCUCCUUCAGCUUCGGCCUACCCCGUAUCUUACCCACCAUUAUCUCCACCAACUGGGCCAUCAAGUAGCAGUCAGAAAGAAAAUUUAUAUCCAGAGAGGCCUGGCCAACCUGAGUGUCAGUACUACAUGAGGACAGGAGAUUGCAAAUUUGGUUCCACAUGUAAAUAUCACCAUCCUCCGGGUCCAGGUUGGAGCAUACCACAGACAAAUUGCACUCUAAGCCCUAUUGGUUUCCCCCUUCGUCCGGGGGCGCCGACUUGCACUUUCUACGCUCAACAUGGAGUAUGCAAGUUUGGGCCGACAUGCAAAUUUGAUCAUCCAAUGGGAGGUCUGAGUUACAGUCCCUCUGCAUCUUCUCUUGCCGAUAUACCUGUCGCUCCUUAUCCUGUUGGAUCUUCUAUGGCUACCUUAGCGCCAUCCUCAUCAUCAUCAGAGCUAAGGCCUGACUUCAUAUCCAACAAGGAUUCCUUCUCUACCCGAAUGCCAUCAUCAGAGACCUUGUCUAGUGGUUCCAUUGGUUCAAUCUUUUCCAAGGGAGGGAGCAGCAUGGCCCAUGGUGAGAAAUCCAGUUCCAUCUGAAAACACAAACAAUAGUUUUGUGAAUUCUUCCCUGGCACAUUCUCCACUCUCUUAACCCAAGUGGAGAUCCCAAUAUGCCAGCGACUGCCGCCGUCCUUAAGGACUUCAUUCUUGGACUUAUCUAUUCCUCCACCAUGUCAUCCAAGUCCCACCUGUCUUUUUAUUUUUUGCCAUACUCAUGUUUAUAUAAGUCCUAUACCUGCUCAGUUUUCUCUCCUUUGAAUAAGCUAUAGCCAAUGUAGAAAAGGUGUAGCAAAACCCCUCAGGACUUCCAUUUCAUUUGGCCUAAUAACUGCAAGUGGGAGGCCUUUGUUGAUCUUCAAACGCAGGUAUUAAACCCCUGCUCUGUUGUGAUCUUUCCCAAAUGGAAGACGGAUCAAUUGGACCAUGGUUUUGUCAUCCUUCCUCCAUUUUUUUUUUUUUUUUCCUUUUUUGCUUUUAAAAGUUUCAGUUUGUUUGCCUCUCUAGCUACUCCCUGAGCAGGCAUUCCGCUUGUCAUUGCCUUUCAAGCUAAUCCAUGGCACAUCUUGAGAGGCUGGCAGGUUUUUGCUUCUCCAAAUUUGCUCAAGUUCAUGUUUUUUGCUUCUUUUUUUUGUAUUUAUUUAUCCAUAUGUAUUAUGAAACAGAAAUUUGAAGACCCAAAAGAGGGCAUAUGAUUGGCUUCUCAAUCUGAGACAAGGAUCAUUGUUAUGUUAUAUGAUACACCUUGACUAUUUAAUCUAAUCAAAUUCCUGGGAUAAAAGAUCCCCAUCAGUGUA